AGUUUAGUAUCAAAUAUGAUACGUUUUGUUGAUCGUGAAAUAUAGGUGAUUAUACAGAGAAUUUGUCUGGAAGUGUGCAAGCCGUGUGCAGUGUACAUUCUACCUGUCUGUAGCAACACGAGGUCUGUGAAGUGACGCCAUGAGAACUUGAUGACAGUGGAGGCAAUGCCACAUGGUUGGAUGGGGCUGGAGUUGGCCAUAGGCUUGGUCGCCAUAGUAUACUGAGAAAACAUAAUUUAUUCUUACUUAACCUUUAAAUAUGUUCUGGCCACAUCAGUAUCUUUUAUCGUUUGAUCAAAAUUUUCAUAGGCCUAGUGUGCCUAGCUAGGCGUGUGUAUAUAGGGGUUUAAAUAAAAUUUCAAUUUCUAGGCCUAAUUCUAGCUAGGCCUAGGCCAAAGCCUCUACUAGUACUACUAAUCCAUAGACUACCAUCACACACAGUUGGAUCUGUCUAGGUAGCUAGCUGAAGCCUACUAGUACAGUAAAUAAAAUGUUGGUGAAAGUGGAUGCAAAUAUUGAGGAAAAUAAACAAGUCAUGCUGAAUUCAAACAAAAAUUUUUUUUUGUAUUUUAAUUUGGGCCUAGGCUUAUUUAAUUUAUUAAUAAUUUCCAAGAAAUAGUAAAAAAGUGUGAAAUACAAUUGAAACAAUUUCAGACCCACCAAUUUCUUUACUGCUUGUUUUGAAAUUUCCAAAAUUGUGCAUGAAAGAAAUUACAAAUACAAUUAUUUUUAUCAAAAUUACCUCAUUUGAAAAAAACAUUUUUAAAGGUUAAAUAAGUAAUAUUGCAUUGAGGAAAUCGAGUGAAGGUAGAUGGUCUUGCGUGGCCAUUUGUAUGGUGGAUCAAACUUCUGCUAAGAAGUUUUUGUAGAAAGUGAGCAUUGCGCAGCUCACUACUGUAUGAUGAUAAAACUGAAGGCAGCUUGGUGAUGGUUGAUGGGUUUUGCGAGACCCAUCUUGGUAAGGUUAUUGCACCCAUGUGCAUAUAUUUGAAAUGGCUCGGUACGAAUAAAUGGUUGUAGCUAAGUCUUGCGUGGCUUAGACUUGAGGCAUGGCAAUUUGGGUUGCCACGGCGAUACGGAAGUCCACCAUUCACUGGUUCUUGUUUUGACCGUGUGAUGUGUAUUCCGCCUCGGCCAAUGUCCGUCAAGACCCCUGUCUCCUCUAAGAAACAGAAGAAGCUGCCACCAAAGCCAGUAGAACCAGAAAGCAGUGAGGAAGAGAGCUCUGAAGAGGAAGUAGCUGCUCCCCCACCAACCAAGAAAACACCAAAGGCUGCCAAGGUAACAAAGAAGCCCGCUAAGGCUGAAGAAAGCAGUGACGAUGAUGACAGCGAGGAAGAGGAACCACCAAAGGCUCAGACGAAGAAAAAGACCCCAAAGGCAGCUGCACAAAAGGCCAAAGCCAAGAAGGAAUCCAGCGAUGAUGACAGUGAUGAAGAAAGUGAAGAAGAGGCACCAAAAGCUCAGAUAAAAACUCCUAAAGCUGCAGCCAAAAAGGCAAAGGAAGAAUCUUCAGAUGAAGAGUCAUCAGAGGAAGAGGAAGAAGAGAAACCUCCAAAGAAGGCAGCCAAGAAAACACCUGCAAAGGUGUCGCAGAAAAAACAGGCUGCCAAGGAAGAGUCUGAGGAGGAAAGCGACGAUGAUGACAGUGAAGAGGAGGAAAAACCAGCUGCCAAGAAAAAGGUAGCAAAAGAGGAAGAGGAUGAUGAUGAGGAAGAUGAUGAUGAGGAUGACGAUGAUGAAGAGGAGGAUGAAGAUGAGCCACCAGUCAAAAAGUCCAAAGGAACUAAUGGAGCCGAGAAGAAAAAGAAGGCUGACAAGGGUGGAGAACCAAUUCCAGUCUUUAUUGGUGGACUCUCCCCCGAUCUUGAGGAAAGUGUGCUAGUGAAGUUCUUCAAGAAACAUGGAGUUGAAGUUUUGAAUACAAGACUGGUACCAAAGCGAAGGUUUGGCUAUGUAGAUGUGUCUUCGGAGGAAGAUUUCAAGAAGCUGUUGGAGCUUCAUGGCUCAGAAGUGGAAGGCAAUGCCAUCCGAAUUGACCGGGCUAACCCACCUAAAACAGAUGGUGGCCAAGGUACACCAAGGCAACAAGGUAGAGAACGAGGCAAGGGAUCUGAUGACAGGACAAUGUUCGUUAAGGGUUUGAACUAUGACACAGUUGAAAGCACCAUCAUGGAACAUUUCAGUGCCCAGGAUGUUCGAAUCCCAAAGAACGAUUAUGGACGUAGCAAAGGGUUUGCAUAUGUGGAGUUCUCAACGGAAGAGGAGGUGAAAGCGGCCAUUGAGGAACACCAAGGAACGGAAUUAGAGGGCAGGAGUAUCUUCCUUGAUUACGUUGGUGACAAGCGAAGUGCUUCAGGUGGUGGAUUUGGUGGUGGUGGAUUUGGUGGUCGUGGUGGUGGUAGUGGUGGUGAACAGAAAACUGUCAUGUUGAGAGGUUUGUCAGCGGAGACAACUGAAGAUUCCAUAAGGUCGGCUAUUGGAGGCAAUUCAAUUCGUAUUCCAACAGACAGGGAUACUGGUGAACCUAAAGGAAUUGCAUUUGUUGACUUUGCAUCUGAAGCUGAUGCAAAGAAAUGUUUGGCAGACAACAGCGAUGGACUACAGAUUGACGACACUGAUGUUUCCAUCGAUCUUGCAAAACCAAGAAGAGAUAGCUUUGGUGGUGGUGGACGAGGGGGUGGAUUCCGCGGAGGUCGUGGCGGUGGAUUCAGAGGGGGCCGUGGCGGUGGGUUCAGAGGAGGACGUGGUGGUGGUUUCCGUGGUGGUAGAGGUGGCCGUGGUGGCGGCGGUUUCAGAGGUGGCAGUGGCGGAUAUGGUGGUAACAAGAGGCCGUCAUUUGGUGGUGGAGGGCAAAACAAAAAGAUCAAAUUUGAUGAUUAAGUUGAGCAGCAUCUAAACUUAGACUAUAUCCUGGACAGUACUCUUUUUGCAGUCUCUUAAAAUGAUUAGCAAAGAACAUUCAAUUGAACCAACAAGUUCAAAUUGUACUUGUGUCAAGCAGCGUUCAGUGACGUCCAGUCUGAUGAUUAACUAAAUUUAUGAUAAAAACUGUAAAUUUAUCACAAGACAUGUAUCUGUAUAGGGGAAAGCUUCAGCAAGAAUGAAAGAAUGCGUAAAUUUAAAUGUGUAUAUGUGAGCAACUCUACCAAGUAUCUUAGGUGUGAAGCAACUUGACAUUGCGGAGUGUGGAUUUACAAUUAAGCUUAUGAAUUCUGAAUGUAAUGAUCUUGUAGAGUGUAGUUAUUUUUAAUUUGGCUAUUUUUUGUGGGGGAGGGAGAAACAAAUAGCCAUCAGAUAUUCAAUACAGUGUGGACUAUGAAACUUUCCACUGAAAAACUAUUUUAAUUAAUCCUUAUAACAAAAGUUUUAGAUUAGUUUAAUGCUCAAACAUUUCUUAAUUUAUAAAACAUUUUUUGUUCAUAAUUUAUUUCUUGGACAGUUGUUCAGUUAUUUUAUUUUCCAGUAAUUAAUUUUCACUCAACUCAAACCAUCCAACAAACUGGUGAAUACGAAUCACCAUGAUUUAGACUGUCCAAGUUGACUUCCCACUUUUGAAGUUGUGGCAAUAACCUGCUUUUUUUAUAUAGAUUUUAAUGUUCCAUUAAUCUUAAUGCUCACCUGUCUUGUAUUAUCCAAUGUAAAUAUUUGACAUUUUUUAUACAUCUAAGAGUUGGAGUACUUAGAUGGAAUAAAGGUAUGAAAUUGAAAAU